AUGGAAACUUUGAACCCUUUUGAUCUGUUGGAUGACGGCGCUGAGGAUCCGAGCCAGAUCGCCGUUUCCAUCGCUGCAGAUAAGCCUAAGAAACCUGCACCUGUUUCCGCCGUCUCUGCUAAGUCAUCUGCUCCGUCGAGGCAGCUUGCUCAACCUGAUGAGAUUCACUUAACACGAUCAGCAAUGAGAGAGGCUAGGAGUGAUGCUCCACGUGGCGGUGGACGUGGUGGUGGAGACGGUGGAUUUAGCCGUGGUCGUGGUGGUUACAACCGUGAUUUUAGAGGCGGUGAUGGUAACAGUAAGCCCUCUGAGGAAGCAGUCGUUUCAAAGCCUCUCUAUAAGAAAUGUAGUGUAUAUGGCGGUGCUCGUCGUGGUGGUGGUCGACGUGGUGAAGCUGGUGACGGUGAACGUCCUCGAAGGACAUUCGAGCGUCAUAGUGGAACUGACAGAGAAUCUGUUAAGCUUUAA